AUGGAAUCCUUAAUGCAGCGAAUCAAUGAACAUAUCCGAGUAGAGGAUGAUGUCGCCACCGCCACCGUAACCGAGAAAGCAAAUUCGAUUAUAGCGAACAGAAGAAUGGCUGGAAAGAAACAAAGUCACAGAAACGACCGAGCUAACGCUCCUCGUAGUGAAGAGGACGACGCUAAGAGGAAGUUGAAGGCACAAAUCGGCAUCACCAUUGUCUUUAAGAUCCCAAUUUACCGUAUCCUAAGUGAAAUCCAAGGUGAACCUUACGUCCGUUGGCUGGCCAAAUUGGGAGACACACAGAGGGGCUUCAACUCAAGGUAUCACUGCACCUUCCAUGAAGAAAGAGGGCACCGAAUGGAGGAUUGUUUGCCGCUCAAACAACAUUUGGAAGAACUGGUGGCAGCUAGGCAUCUAGACCAGUACAUAGAUGGGGAUAUGAGAGCCGCUCCCCAAGGACAGGCCAAGCCAAAUGGCCUUGUUGUCUUGGAUGCAGUGCCCCAAGGCGUAAUCAAUGUCAUUCACGGCAUCAUCGAACCAGCGCGGGUUUGCGAGCUAAGGGGGAUGAUCAAAAAAGCUGAGCACAUGAGGGAAGUGCUCUCCGUUCAGCCCACCAUGAAAAAAGAAAAGACCGAGGUAAAAGACGUCCUGACUUUUUCAAGAAAGGACUUGGAGAGAAUUCAAAUGCCUCAUAAUGAUGCCUUAGUGGUGACCCUUCACGUCAAAGACUUCGACAUCAAAAGAAUUCUAAUUGACCAGGGGAGUUCGGUCGAGAUCAUGUAUUAUGACGCGUUCAAACAGAUGAAGUUGGAGGACAAAGACUUGGCUCAUGUAACGUCUCUUCUGGUGGGCUUCAACUCUUAA